GGGAGAGGAAGGAGGUGACACGUUUCAAUCUGCAACAGCCAAAGAGACUAGGUACGGAAGAAAGGUACCUAGUGUAUGGGAAUUCCAAGAAGUGCUAUGGUGGCAUUGUGAAUUUUGGAUAAAGACGUAUUUUCGGUCACCGUGGAGGCCAUUUCCGGUCAUCUCAGCUACAACUAAAGCAAUUCUCAAUUGGCUAGGACGAAGCUAAACGGAUAGUUGGAGUGAACAAAGAUGAGUAACCCCUAAGCAGGGCUGAUAGGCCACGUUACCCAAAAGGGCAUGGAGUUGUUAAGAUUUGCCUUGUCUGAAAAGCAGAGUACAUUCGGCCAUCAUUCCAUUCAGUUUGAAUAAGGAACGGAGGGUCCGGCCUUGAUUCAGGCCAUAGUAUUGUGACGGCUAUUGUUAUGUUGAACAAUAGCGCAAGGACAAAGGUUGGUGAUAAAGGAUACCGGAAAACAAUAAAGCCUAGCGGCACAUAUAAUUACGAUAGAUAUGUCGAACGUGUGGCGAGCAGACUCCCUUCCAAUUGUGCAAAGGUAAACAUCAUUACCCCCUAUAUCAACUAGAGUAAGUAAAACAGCAUCUGAACCGAAUCAGACAUGGCAGCCUACGUUGCACGUUUCAAUGCUGCCUCCACGAUACUAGAUACCGCGUCUCACCGUAGCUCGCAUCACGAAAUCUUCCACAUGAUCCGCAGAGACGAUUCGGAUCAGCUGAGUCCCGGCGUUAUUGCAGGUAUUGUCGUCGUUAGUAUGCUUGCAACGAUGCUCAUAUCGCUUUCUAUAAUGCAGUGCCACAAGUUCAGCAUAGCUCGUCGCAGGCAGAAGGAGGCGGACAAACUAUCCAAAACCUACACCAGACGAAACGUUACCUCUCACGCCUCGCGCGGCCGCGCUCCUCGAGCCGUGAGCCCGGCUUCCACUACCACCAUGCCUGUCACUUUCAGACCCGUAGAUUGGGAGUAUGAGCUCAAGUACUGGCAGACCACGACGGAGGCUUCCGAGACAGGUACGGCGAACGAGGUGGCCCUGUCUCACCGCAUGACCCCUGAGUCUGACAAAACUCUCAGCGUAGGCCACGGCAGACAAUCAAUCGAAGAGAAGAAGCAAGACCAGCUUCAACACGAGGAGGACGAUGCCGACUCUAGAUUUACCGUUGGCUCUAUCGAUGAAGAUGAAAGUGUUAUUGUUGACGAAAUCGCAACGGCGACAGCUGUCCCCAUUGUAAAUGUGUACCACAGCCCGAGGCCUGUCAAGGUAAGUGUCAACAACGGCGAUAACACCAUUGACUCGGUAGGCUCGAAUAGUACUCGGCAGUGGCCAUCUGGAAAUGGUGCUGUUGAGUCGGGCCAUGGUACGUCCGUUGCCUCUGCACUGGAAGGGGCGUUUCGAUUUCAACAAGUACGGCUACAGGGAACGGGGAAAGGGGAAAUGGGACAGGAGCAGGGCAUGGCAGAAUUGGAGUGUUGGUUCGAAGAUAAGCCUCCCGAGAAGUCGCUGGUCGGCCGGCUUGCUGAUGAGGCGCCACAUCUUACCACGGGUCGGCGGGGGGAGUACGUUUGCCUUCUUCGUGAGAUAUUCGCGUACGAGCCAGGGAACCGCAUGUCAGCAAGGGAUGUUGUGGAGCGUUUGAAGUCACCGGCAUUUUUGGAUUAG